CAUUGAUUGCUGGGUUAUUGGCCACGUGUGGCGUUGACAGCCAUGAUUGAGUGACAAAAUGAAAAUUAAAUUAUUUACCAUCCCAAGCCACUAAAAAAAGGACGAUAGUCGGCGACGCCGCCGGUCAAAUGAAGUGUCCUGAACUUGAGGCAGCUGCACGUGACCCGGGCGACGCCUGUCAACAACGCCGAAUAUUCGCCUUUUUUGAACGAUUUGUCAACAUUAUGGCCGCCUCAGUGCUACUCGCCUGCGGACUGAAUGAACAGAAGUUGCCCGGAUUCGUGCACAUCAGCGAGGAAUCGAAUGUGGAUGGCAGUUUUUUGAUCAGCUGCAUCCUUGGACAACGUCUGCGCAUCUCGAACGCUGGCACUCUGCUCAUCUGUCUGCAGCAUCAUUAUCAGCAUUAUUUCAAUGCUGGAAUGCGACUUGGAUACAACUCAAACAUCUUUCUGGGCAAGACGUUGAAUGUCAUCGAUGUGCUGAGUGAUAUGGCCGAACAGGGCCUCGACUGCAAGUGGUUGCGUUCAUCGGAUGAAUUGCCCCUUACCGAGCAACUGGUUGAGGAUAUACGAGCUCAGAUGGCCAACAAUUACGCCAAUCGCAGCAGUUACACUAUACUGAUUGACAAUCUGUCAAUACUUUUUAAUUUAGGUGCCAGCAAGUUGCAAGUGCAACAAUUCUGCCAAUCUUUGGCUGCCCUUGCCAAGGAGCAUGAGAAUCUAACGGUCAUCACGAAGCUAAGCAACAGCGACAUCCAUCAGCUGACGGACGACAAUGUAGCCAAAUUGGGCCAUGUGCGCAUCCAGGUGCUGCGAUUGAAGAGCGGCGUUUUCCGUGAGGUCGAUGGCAAGCUGCUCAUCGAAAGGGUCCUCGAUGAGGGCAGCUAUGCGUGCGAGCAGUCACGCAAGGAGGUCCUCUACAAGGUCAACGAUCGCAAUGUCAAGAUAUUUAAUCCCGGCGAAAUUGGAGUCAAAGUUUAAGCUGCCACUUUACUUUUGUACGAAAUUUAUUAAAGCCAUUUUUAUAUACUUAA